UUUAAAACUGUCACGUCAUCGAAUUCCGUUAAGAACCCAAACCCAUUUCCCCAGCUACUGCAACUAACUCCCAUACCCAAAGCUUCAAUCUUUCAUCAAUUAACAAACCCUAACCUUAAUCCCCAAUUCCUAAAAUCAAUUUCAAAAUCAACAACAAUGGCUUCCCAAAACCCUACAUACAGAAGAAAUUCAAUGUAUCCGGAGGUCAACACCUCCAAUCCCGAUCAUCCAAUUACUCCAAACCCUAACCCUUCUUCUUCUUCUUCUUCAAAUCUCUACCCCACCAUUGACAUGACAGACCUAGUCGAGAAUCUAUUCCCCGAACCCUCCGCACCCACGGCUCCACCCGAAGCCAUUGAAGAAACCAUCGUCAGAAUUCCCGGCGCCAUUCUUCAUCUCAUCGAUAAGCAUUACAGUGUUGAGCUCGCUUCAGGCGAUUUCACAGUGGUUCAGCUUCGUCAGGGUGGUAACAUCGUUGCUGUUCUCGCACGAAUCGGGGAUGAGAUCCAAUGGCCAUUGGCUAAGGAUGAAGCAGCCGUGAAGCUUGAUGAUUCGCAUUACUUCUUUUCGAUGAGGACACCGAGGGAACACGGUUCGGAAUCGGAUUCUGAUUCGGGGGAUGAGAAGGGGGAAAAUGCUGCAAAUGAUGCUGAGAGUUUGUUGAAUUACGGGUUGACUAUUGCUUCCAAGGGGCAAGAGCGGUUGGUUAAGGAAUUGGAUGGAAUUUUGCAGCAUUACAGUUGUUUUUCGGUGCAAGAGGUUUCGGAAAAGGCGAAAAAGGGGUCUGAGGUUUUGGAUGGGUCUGUGGCAAGGGAGACUUCUCCGGCAGAUUUGAAAAAGGAGAAGAAGACAAAGGAGUUGAUGGAGGAUAGGAGUGCGGCGUACUGGACUACUCUUGCUCCCAAUGUGGAAGAGUAUAGUGGCACCGCGGCGAAGCUCAUUGCUGCUGGUUCGGGGCAAGUGAUCAGGGGAAUUUUGUGGUGUGGUGAUGUGACUGUGGAUAGGCUUAAAUGGGGGAAUGAAGUUAUGAAAAGAAGAAUGAGUUUGAGUGAAGAGAGGGAGAUUAGUCCUGAAACUAUGAGGAGGAUUAAAAGGGUCAAGAGGAUGACCAAAAUGACAGAGAAAGUAGCAAAUGGAGUCCUCUCAGGAGUUGUGAAAGUAUCUGGAUUCUUUACAAGUUCAGUGGCAAACUCAAAAGUGGGGAAGAAAUUUUUUGGCCUUCUUCCUGGGGAAAUUGUACUUGCGUCACUCGAUGGCUUUAGCAAGGUCUGUGAUGCUGUGGAAGUAUCCGGAAAAAAUGUCAUGUCAACAUCUUCAACUGUAACGACCGAACUGGUCUCCCAAAGGUAUGGGAAAGAAGCAGCAAAGGCAACGAACGAAGGACUUGAUGCAGCUGGACACGCCAUAGGGACCGCAUGGACUGCGUUUAAAAUCCGAAAGGCAUUCAAUCCAAAAAGUGUUCUUAAACCUACUUCUUUAGCAAAAGCUGCAGCUUCUGAAGUGAAAAAAGCUAAGAAAAAGGAUUCAAAGUAAUCAAUUGAUGGAAUCACAGUGACAAAGGAAAGUUUGUUCAAUGGUAUUAAAUCUAAAAGCCCACCAGGUAAUGUUGGCAAGGCAUAAA